AUGGACAAAGGAGCACCGUCUAGUUUGUUUGUUAAUGAUGGUUCAUUCAUGGAGAAGUUUAAACAGCUUCAGCAAGGGAAUGAGAAGGAACCAGAAAAGGAUAAGGGUGCCGCAGAAAAGGAUUCUAAACCCAAAACUAUUAUUUCAGGGUCCGUGAUGCCUAAACCUUCUUUUGGUAAAGUAACUAUGCAGCUCAAGGGUAAUGAUUCACGGAAGACCCCACAGACUGCUUCAGGUGGCAAACUUGCUUUCAGCUUGAAACAGAAGUCAAAGCUUGUGGCACCUGCAGUUAAACUGGGUGAAGAUGAGGAGGAUGAAGCUGAAGCAGAUGUGGUAAAUAUUUCGGGUGAUGUAUCGGCAAAGAGGCAGAAGUUGGGUCCACUGGAUACCUCUGACCAAUCAUCGAGACGAUUGGAUGUUGCACCACCUCCUCCAAGUGAUUCCACAGUGAAGAAUGUUGCAGACAAACUAGCAAGUUUUGUUGCUAAACAUGGAAGGCAGUUUGAGAAUGUUACAAGGCAAAAGAAUCCUGGAGACACACCUUUCAAAUUUUUAUUUGAUGAGAAUUGCAUAGACUUCAAGUAUUAUGAGUAUAGGCUCGCUGAAGAAGAAAGGGCUCUUUCACAGAGCGGGGAUUCUCUAAUGUCUUCUAGUGUUGGUACAAGUACUUCGGCAUCUAAAUCCACUGGUAGUUCUCAAAGGUCACAGCAGCAGCAUUCAAAUUACCAAAUUCCCGCUUCAGCUUUGUAUGAAGCUGCUGAAGAGCCCAGGGGUUCGGUGUCAACAUCUUCAGGAAGAGCUGGUGAAUCUAGUGCACCGGCAGGUACAGAUCCUAUAGCAAUGAUGGAGUUCUACAUGAAGAAGGCUGCUCAGGAAGAGAGGAGGAGACAGCCUAAACAGUCUAAGGAUGAGAUGCCCCCUCCUGCUUCCCUUCAAGCUUCUUCCAAAAAAGGUCAUCAUAUGGGUGACUACAUCCCACCAGAAGAGCUUGAGAAGUUCUUGGCUACUUGUAAUGAUGCAGCUUCAGUAAAAACCGCUAAAGAGGCUGCAGAAAGGGCAAAAAUCCAGGCUGAUAAUGUUGGGCAUAAACUCUUGUCCAAAAUGGGUUGGAAAGAAGGUGAGGGUCUGGGGAGUUCCAGAAAUGGUAUUUCAAAUCCGAUCAUGGCUGGUGAUGUGAAGAAGGAUCACUUGGGUGUUGGUGCUCACAAUCCUGGGGAGGUGACUGCUGAUGAUGAUAUAUAUGAGCAGUACAAGAAGCGAAUGAUGCUUGGUUACCGUCACAGGCCAAACCCUCUGAAUUGCAAGUUCAAUUACAAGGCUAGCCUUGAUCUGAUGGUCUUCUGUUUCCCCUUUGACAGAACAACCCUCGAAAAGCAUACUACUGAGCAACAUUUCAUGCAAGCUGUUUGUUUGUAG